CCUUCAUCUGGAGUGUCCCAGAAGCUCUUAUUACUGCAGAAUUAUCCACCGCCUUUCCUGGUAACGGUGGAUACGUCGUCUGGGCUGAGCGUGCUUUUGGCCCUUUCUGGGGCUCUCUUAUGGGCACGUGGAAAUUCCUCUGUGGCGUCAUCAAUAUUGCUUCAUUCCCUGUUCUUUGCAUUAACUACGUCGAGAAAGCAAUUCCCGCUCUCGAAUCGGGCUGGCCUCGCUACAUCUCAAUAAUGGGUUUUACCCUGGCUCUUUCGUUUCUCAAUUUUACUGGUUUGACAAUUGUUGGAUAUGCUGCUGUUAUACUUGCUGUUAUUUCUCUCUCGCCUUUUAUAUUAAUGUCUCUUAUUGCAAUUCCCAAGGUUCGUCCCCAUAGAUGGCUCAGUUUAGGUCAAAAGGGAGUGAAGAAGGAUUGGACUUUAUUCUUCAACACUCUGUUCUGGAACUUGAAUUUCUGGGAUAAUGUUAGUACUUUAGCAGGAGAAGUGGAUAAGCCCCAGAAAACUUUCCCCCUGGCUCUUUUAGUUUCAGUGAUUUUCACUUGCCUGUCUUAUCUGAUCCCACUCAUCGCUGUCAUCGGAUCCAUUCCUCUAGAUCAGACUCAAUGGGAAUCUGGGUUUCAUGCUCAAGCCGCAGAAAUGAUUGCCGGAAAAUGGCUGAAGUAUUGGAUUGAAUUUGGUUCAGUUUUGUCGGCGAUUGGGCUGUUUGAAGCGCAGCUAAGCAGUUGUGCUUAUCAGUGUGUGGGCAUGGUAGAUAUCGGAAUCCUGCCCAACUUUUUCGGCGCUCGAUCUAAACGGUUCAAUACACCCUGGGUGGGAAUUAUGAUUUCGACUUUAAUAGCACUUGGAGUCUCUUACAUGAAUUUCCAAGACAUCAUCUCCUCUGCGAAUUUAUUGUACAGUUUGGGCAUGUUAUUGGAAUUUGCUUCGUUUCUCUGGUUGCGAUGGAAGUCGCCUAUGCUUGAUCGGCCUUUUCGGGUGCCCGUGAAGCUGCCAUUACUGGUGAUUAUGUGCUUGAUACCAUCUGCGUUUUUGAUACUGAUAAUAGCUAUAGCUACCAAGAUUGUUUAUUUGGUUAGUGGCAUCAUGACGGUGGCGGGGAUUGGUUUUUUCUUUCUCAUGACCGUCUGCAAGUCAAAGAACUGGAUGAAGUUUAACGUUGGCAAGGUUGAUGAAGAUCGUCCUCGUCCUGAACCUGAAACUGGUGUCUAGUGAUGUAACUGACUUGUAUCUAUGACCAUGAUAUCCAUGAUGAUUGCAUCCUUCUUGUGAAUUGCAGGUGUUUGACUGUAUCUUAACCUUUUUAUUUAAUGACAUGGUGCAAAAUGUUUCUCCAUUGUACUUCAGGAACCGUUGGUUUCUCAUGUGAUCAAUCAGUACGUGUGUCAAAGUAAAACCAAGAAAAUAAAGUUAUUUUUUCUUGUA